GAUCAGGGUUAAUUUCACUCACAUUUUGCAUUCCUCUCUCACAGUUUCACUCAGCAAAAGCCCAAAGCUGGCAGAGAGAGAGAGAGUGAGGAUCGCCGGAGAAGCGUCACGUUCAGGCAUCUUAUCGUCGGAGAGCUUGGAUUCCGGCGACAUGGUGGCCUGGAACUCGCCGGACUGGCUCCCCUCCGGCUGGAUCGUCCAAUUCAAAGUGCAGAAAACCGGUCGCAAAAUCAGGUUUUACACAAAUUUGGAAACUGGGAAGAAGUUCUUCUCCAAGGAUGAAGUUAUCCACCAUACAAAAGUUAGUAGCAGUAAAGGUAGAAAGCCUCAACCAACUAAUGGAAACCCCAAAAGGCACUCUAGAAAAAAUUCUAAGCCACUUGUAGUAAAAACAAAUGAACAUCCUGAAUGGUUACCUAAAGGUUGGAAUGUGGAGGUGAGAACCCGGAACAGUGGGCCAAAAAUUGGAGCAAAGUACAAGUGUUACCUUGAUCCUUUGACCGGAUGUAAAUUCUAUUCCAAGCCACAGGUGUUUCAAUAUCUCAAAACUGUAAAGCUGGGUAGUAGGACACCCAUAAAGAAAAAACCAGAUAUUGGUCUGCCUUUGGUUGUAGUUGAGAAGUGUACGGUGGAAGAUUUACCAGCAGGGUGGAUAAAGGAAAUCAAGAUUAGAAAGAAUUCAAUUGGAAUUAGAAGGGACCCGUAUUACACGGAUCCAAGAAGUGGAUAUAAGUUCCGCUCCAAAAAGGAUGUUUUCCGCUAUCUAGAAACCGGAGAGAUUAGUAGAAAUGCAUUUAAACCAAAGGAAAGCUGCAUCAACAAUGAAGAGUGGAUUAACGGUGAAAUCUCACCAUCAACUGCAGCUAAAAGGCAGAAAUUAAAUCACCCAGCAGCUGGACAGAGUCUUUUUGCAGGUAAGGGAAGUUCUGACAAGGACAGCUUGGAAUCGGCAGAAGCCAAGAGCUCAAGGAGAGGGCGAGCAAAUAAAGUAUCUGCUGAACAGAGGGUUGCUUUUGCUCCCACAGCUGAGAUUGUCAUAGACAAGCAUUCAGUGGGGGAUACAAUUAUGGAGUCUGCUGAAACCAUGGAAAAUUCCAAUCCAGGGAGGUCAACAUUGCCUAAAGCUGAUGGCUUCAAGAGAAAAGGUCGACCAAAAAGUCUCCCUGCCAAUGAUGAGCGUGUUUUAACUCCUGCGGUUGAUAUCCUGCAGGAGAAGAAUGGCCUUGAGAAUAUGAAGGAAACAAGGACUCGGAAAAAUCAGAUUAACUUAAACAAAUCCAAGAAGACGAAAGAGUUGAACUUGCCUUGCCGAUCUUCAAAACGACUUGCUGGGCUUGAACCUGAGCAGGUUGUCAACUCUGUUUCCAGUCAGCAAGCUUUUCAAGUUUCAACUAGGAAGUUUAAUGAAAGUGGAGCUGGUCCAGAUGCGGAAUUGGCUCCAUAUAGUUUGUCAAAUGGAGCAACUGAGCAGCCCAAGGACGGACAAGAAACUGUGAAUGAACAUCAUGCUUCUAAAGACAUAAACAAUCCAUUACAUGGAGAGCCAUCAGAGAAGAGCAGGAAGCCUAUUGAAAACCAAGUUGCUUCCAAAGAGCAACUGGAGACGCUGGAAACUGAAACAAUGGAUGAUGAGAAACCAAAACAACAACCCUACUUUCCAUUUGCAAAUUCUUGGUCAGAUCCAUGCCUAGAAUUCGCAAUCAAGACUCUUACGGGUGCGUUACCACUGGAGGACCCUACUAAUAACAGGCUUGUUGAGCUCCCGCAAAACGAGAAUACACUUGAGACUGGGAUAAAAAAGAGCAGCAGUAGAAGAACUCAGGUUAACUUGAAGAAAUCUAAGAACAAAAAAGAGCUUAAUGUGCCGCCCCGGUCUUCGAAACGACUUGCUGGAUUUGAACCCCAGAUGGCGGCCAAUUUGAUUUCCAGUGAACGAGCUCUUCAAAAUGCAAGUGGAAAGUCUCGUGAAAGUGAAGCCACUCCACCUGUGGUUUUGGCAGAUGGAGCAUCUCAGCAGCUUCAGGCUGGGCUAGACAUGGAGCCUGCAGCACAUCAUGCCUCUACUAACAUAAAUACUCCAGUACUUGGAGAGCCAUCAAACAAGAGCGAAAAGCCUCUUGAAUCCCAAGUUGUUUCCAAAGAGCCACCUCAAAUGCCUCAAACUGAAAUAAUGAUAGAACCACAGUUCUCCUUUCCUUUCGGGGAUUCUUGGUUGGAUCCAUGCCUAGAAUUUGCCUUCAAAACUCUUACAGGUGCAAUACCCGUGGAAGAUAAUUUGGCAAUUCAAGCAAGCUUCCAGGAACAACUUGAUAUCUCUCAGACGCAGAGGGAUAGUAGUUUGGCAUUGCCAGAUUUUGGGUUUCCCAGCUCUUUCCAAAACGACAUUUCAUUCAAUUUUGAUUCAGCAGAAAAAUCUGUGUCAGGACAUGAACCAGGAAGUGUGAGCUUGCCGAGUUGCAGUGGAGUUGGUUCUCAAAAACCUUGCUUGGAGGGCAAUAAGGAUCUCCAUGGAAAUGUAAACUCCUAGAAGAAAGGCAGCUAUUUAUCUGGGAUAAUUAGUACUAAUCCGCCUUUUGUUGUUUGUAUCUUGUAAUAUUUGUAACUAGAGCUUGAUGCUCAGUAUCCAUCUGUUUAGAAUAUCUAGGGGCUAAAGCAAGAACAGAGAAUUUUGAGUCA